AUUCCAAGUAUGUACUAACGAAGUCCACGGGGACAGAGAGGGAGAGAGAGAGAGAGAAAGACGAUGAGCAAUCGAAGGAGAAGCAUCGGAGACGAUGACAAGGGAUUACUGUGGAAACUUCCUCAGGUGAGGAUCAAAGACGUCGGAAAAGUUGGUCCCGCUUUAGGACUCGGUGUCGGUUGUGGAUUUGGUUUCGGCGCCGGUCUUAUCGGAGGUGUAGGAUUCGGACCAGGAGUUCCUGGAUUACAGUUUGGUCUCGGAUUCGGAGCUGGUUGUGGAAUCGGUGUUGGAUUUGGGUAUGGCGUCGGAAGAGGAGCUGCUUAUGAUCACUCUCGCUCUUAUUACAACGUUGGAAAACCAUCUUUAGAUGAAGUUGAUUCUCUGAUUGAUGAACUCGUUGUCCACACCAAGAAACUUGUGAAAGCCACUUCAAAAGAAAUCGACAAGUGGAGAAGAUUGUAAAUUAAAAAAAAAAAACUCUGCAAGUCUGCAUCUUUUAGCUUAGAUACUUGUCUUGUUGCAGCUUUGGAUUAGUUCCUUUCAAGUAAAUGUUAGUAUUGCCUUGUUCUUCAAUCCGGAAUGUGUGAAUCGCAUUCGUUAUUGUACGAUUUGGAUAUGGUACAAAGACGGAUUCAAGUAGUUUAUAUUGAUCAUUCUAGUGA